AAACGUCAACAUUAGAAGUAGACAUACCCCACGUAAAGUGGGAAAUACGGUGUAAGCUGCUCCGACCACCUUCCCCGUCCCGUGGAUCAAGGUGUUCAAGUCAAUUGCGUCGAGUCUUCAACUUCUCUCACAAUGGCGCAAGAUCCUGCGCAGCAGCCUCCCGAGGACCCUUCAGCUGGUCAGCUGGUACUCUCACAAAAUGUCACCCCCAGUGAACCUAGGGAAUGGCCCGAGGCGAUCCCGCAACCUCACUGGGUGGAGAAUCCACCAAGGACCGAGUGGAGGCGGAUGGUCCGAUGGGGCAUGUGGCGGUUCCGUGAAACAGGCGAGCAUAUGAAUCUCAGCACCUUCCAGUUCCCUUGGUGGGCAGCAGACUUCCCCCCGUUCAUCCCGCCCCCCGGCAAGUACAAGGGCCCGAGAGUCCCGACAGGAUACAAGCCCGCCCCUGGCGGGAACGACGGGGAGGCACCGGCUGAGGACUUUUUCAAGGCGAACAAGUUUGAAAAAUUCACAGAGCUCCCACAACGGCUGACGGAUUCGCCUUUUGUGGCACAGGCCCCACGAGAAAUCGUUACCUUCCUCGAGAAUUACUACCGGCUCAAGUUUGUCAAGGUGCUCGGCUGGGGAGGUGAGGGCAUCGCGAUUCUUUUCGUACACUCAAGAGAGGAUGGGACGUGGUACUUUGUCGCCAAGGCCCCUAUCGACCAGGAGGGAAGGGAUGGUCUGAAGCGGGAGGAGGCUUUUCAGCGCAAGUUCACGGGCGCUCAGCAUAUCGUUCAGCUUGCGCCGCUGGAAUGGUUUUUACAACCUGAUUUAGAGGAUCUUGGAAUGGACCUGCCAUUACAGCUUGGUCUCGACAAUCCUCACCCGCCAGAUGUUGAGGUCGCCUCGGCGGUGAUGCUGUCGGAAUUCCUCCCGAGCGGAAGUCUUGCCAAGCUGAUCAACGCUUUGAAUCUGAAGCCGCAUCUGAAGCCGGUGCCCAACUACUUUGCCUGGAACAUCUGGCUCUGCAGUAAGUGAAUUUCUCGUUCCACGGUAGACUCAAAGGCACUUACCUUGCAUAUUAGUGGUGAGAUCGCUCGUGGAAUUCAAGUACAGCCCGCAAGAGAACAAAUAUGAUCCGGGCGACGGUUUCCCGGUAUCCAUCACAUUUGACGAUGUAAUAUCGGGAAAAAAAGACAACAUUCAUUUUGACCUUGAUCCUGCCAACUACAUAUUUGGUGACCGUGGGGUCGGCUGGACCGAUGAUCAACACUACAUCGCGCCCGUUCUCAAAAUGGCCGACUUUGGCGCCUCUGAGACUAUCGAACAGGACGUUUUGUUCAAGAAUCCGUUCAAGAUGUGGGGAUAUCGAGUCCGUGGCAAGUUCUCGUACUGGGCCCCUGAACAGUUCUCAGAAGAGUGGGAUUAUGUCGAGGCACUGCCACACGAUAUAUUACCUCCAGACCACGUUGUUGCGGGAAAAUAUUCCUGGAAGCUCAAUCUCUGGCAGGCCGCUCAGUCUAUGGUUACACUUCUGACGGGAAUGUACCCAGAAUCACCACCCAUUCCCACAUGGAUGGAAUUCGGUCAAGUGGAGGGAUGGGGCUACGGUGCCUACGCCUUGGAAGGGUUGAAGCCAUACGUUGACCCUCGCCUCACAAACAUCUUGGCGCGCUGCAUGAUGGAGAACCCGGAUCACCGACCUGAUAUCGGCGAGCUGCGAGGCGAAAUGGUGGCCAUAUUGGGACAUUAUCGACAUCUCGGGCAGCAAGAAGGUAACCCGGACGAGACGGACUGGCCAAGGAACUGGCACAAAGCUCCAUAUGAGGAGCAGACACCAUGGACAGAUAGACAAUUGCAUGCAUGGGUAGAUGAAGCUCUUUACCAACCCGCAUCGGCGCCAGCUCCUGGUGUCCCCCCUCCGGCAGACGACGGGGGACUAAGUCCAGCACAAAUGGAGGAUGCUCAAGUUAAAGACGUGCAACAAGAGUUGAGCGAGUCUCAGCGGGAAGAACUAUCUGACAAGUGGGCCGACAAGAAGAGCCAGGCGUUUAAGAAUAGGCUGGAUGCCAUGCAGGAGGCCCAACCCAUGAAGAUCUACGAGAGAUGGUGGAACCCAGCCCUGGAAAAGACAGAGACGUACAAACGGCAAAAGGAAUGGAAACGAUGGCUCAAAACAAGACCUCCAACUGAGCAAGAAGAAGUCGACGCGAUGUCUCAAGCUAAGCAACAGGCCGCUUUCGAAAGCUGGCUCGCCAGGAGAGUGAAGGACGAAGAACAGGAGAGGCGAUUGCAGGCCUACAUCAAGCACCGUGAUUGGAAGCGGGAGUUCAAUCUGCUCUGGGCUUCCAGGCCCGCCGACCACCCUCCAGAAACCUACUACUCCUGGGUGUUGCAGAUGGCCAAGAUGGAAGCCACUCGGCCACACACGGAUGCCUACAUUGCCGACUGUUUUGAGCAGAUCAACGACUAUGUCAAGCAGCAGCAUCAGGACAUGAUUUCCCAGCUCGACAAGAGGGCAGAGAGGCGUAUUGCAGAACAGCAAGAUAUCAUAAGACGAUCGGGUCAGCCGGAUCUGACAUUCCUGGAAAUACAAGUGAUAAGGCGUUACUACGAUGAGGACAUCCCGAUAUAUCUUCCCACGCUGGGGACCAGUCUCUCAAGGCGUAUCUACCGGCUGCAGAAGGAGAUCUUUGGCCAAGACUGGCAUAUUGGGAAGUCCAGUCAGAUGAUCAGCCCAUUCCGUUCGAUUUCUUCCCUGGUGAAUCAGGACAGAAUCGUACCGUACAAGCACGACGACAAUCCUCUUCCUAGCUCAAGCCCGCCACUGAGUCGCACUCCUACCCCGGAUCCCCCACGGUUGGAUCCUACUCCUGGCGGAGGAGGAGGAGGAAAAGGAGAUGACGAUGACGACGACGAUAGUGAUGAUGGUGGUGAUGGCGGAGCUGGUGGUGCAGCUGGCGCCAGUGGUCCUAGUGCAAGCGGAGGCGGUGGAAGAGGAGGAGCUCCUCCACCCUCUGUUAGUAACGACGAUGAUGGUGACGAUGAUGUUGGUAUGGGUGGCCGUGCUCCGGCGCCACAGCCACAGGGACCAGUGUCAAGAUUCAACCCAAAUGCUCCCGUCUUCAACCCAAGUGCUCCUGUCUUCUACCCCGGUCCGAGAGUGGCUCCACCUCCAACUGGUCGCCGUGGCGGUCGCCGGGCUCCACCUCCGACCGAUCGCCCAGCUCCCUCCGCGCCUCCACCCCCGCCUCCACCGGAGGUCGACCCUUACGAAGUCGAGUUUCCUGCGCUUGGUACGCCAGGCCCAGUUGUCCCUAAGCGUGUGGUCACCACCCAGAUUGGACAGAACGAUGUCAAGGACGCCAGGAGAGCGCGGCGGGCAAACAACCGAAAUCUCGAUCGCGUUUCUGAUCCAGGUGUUGGGCCUAGUACUGUUUCUGCAGCGGCCCCUCCGGCUAUCACCAUAACAGCCUCUAGUCCUACAGCUCCUCUAGCUGCUAGCCCUGCGGUUGCCAUCAUUCAGGAGCGGAUGCAAGAAAUGGGAUUGGCAGGGCCAGCAGCACCACCACCUCAGCACUUCCAGGCGCCCCAUUUUGGAAAUCCAAUCGUUCCUAUGCCGGAGGUGGAGAACCCCAGAUUCGGAGCACCCAUGCUGCCGCCCAUUGGACAAGCAGGAACGGGACUAUCGCUGUGGGACCCGGACGCAGCUCCAGCUCGAUUCGCUGGGCUCCUGCCGCCGGGCGUUCCGGUUCCGCCACAGUAUCGACAUCUUGCCCAGCAACAGCCUCUUCCUCCCGCGCCAUUUCCAUACGGCAACCCUCCCCAAGGCGCUUAUGGUGGUCCUCCAGUAGCUGGUUCUUCGAUACCUGGUCAGCAAGGCCGCCCCCGAGGACGACGUCCACCAUUUAAACCCGAACCUGGCAGAAACUCCAUGCCACUUCCAGAUGGAGGGCGCGUUGACCGUUGGGGAAAUUGGUUCCAUGAUCCACAGACAACACCCCCUUAUGUCUGGAGAGAUCCUAAGAUCCGACCUCGCUCGCCUACGCCUCCCCCGUCGCCGCUUGGAAUGGUUUUGCCCCCCUUCCCAAACUGGGACUCACCUUGGCUGGAUUAUGUGUACCCUAGGGACUACGUCGCUCCGCUUGUGAAUGGACAACCGCCGACGCCCAAGACGAAGUACGAUCAGUACCAGAAGCAGAGAAGGGAAGAGGCAGACAAGGUCAGGGAAGAGGGUGUGCGAAGGGAGAAGGAGAAAAAGGCACGUGAAGAGCAAAGGGCUGUCAUGCAGGCUAGACAUCAACAACGCUUGAGGGAAAGGCAGACACAGAACCAAGAUUACCAGCCUCCGGAUGAAGGCGAAGGCGAGAUUUCACCUAGGUCACUACAAGCCUUCCGAGUCUGGAAAAAGAAGAACAAGCGGGCGGAAAGAGUACAGGACGCGAGAAGGGAGAGGGUCCUGGAGCGAGGGAGGGAGAUUGAGAGGGAAAGACGAAUGGAAGAACCGCCUCCGCCCCCGCCGCCCAACUCACCUGACGCGUUGGAUUUCCAGAGAAGAUUACGAGAGGUCUUACAACGACGUGCCGACAGAGCGCAGGCGGCAGCAGAACCAAGGGCCACGAUAGCGGAUGCACAAUGGAGAUUGGAGAUGGAGCGUGACCAUGACCCCGCGAACAUCGACCGAACCAAGGUUGGUCCCCCCCCACAGUUACCCCCUCCUCGCCCGGUCACCCCCCUGCAAGGGAGCCCAAUUUCACCACCAUCACAAAGGGCUGGACGGUUCGGGCCUGUUGGUCAAGACCGCGUUGAACACGAUCCCGACAGUGAUAUGGAGGGCCGGCCUCCACCGCCGAGAAGGGAGCGCUGGUGGCAUACCAGAUCUCCAUACAACCAGGGAGGCCGCAACUGGAUGCAAUCUAGCUCGUCCGACGAGGAUGACAACACCAUUCUCAGAUCCCCAGGUUGGUUUCGACGAAGGCAACAACAAGAACGGGCUCUGGAUGCCAGAAGGCAAGGCGACAGGGUGCUGUCUGGUCGAGUCAGGCCCCAACCCGAACGCAAAUCCCUGCUCUCGCGCUUGGUAGACUUCAGCACGGCCAUCACGUCCCCGCCUCGGCCCGGACGUUGGGGUGUAAUCGGCGCAAUUGACGGAUGGUCGAGGAACCCGGGCAGAACCUCCAACGAGACCGGGAGCCCAUCGCGGCGGCGGAGGGACUCGGGAGCGCCAGGGCGGAAUCUAGGUGUGGAUAUUGAUGCACUGCCUCGGAUUGAAUCACGCACCCGGACGGCGAGACCACCGCCCGUACCGUUUGGGAGACUAUGGGUAUCGCUGCAGCGGCAGCAGCAUCGGCAACGUCAGAAGCAGCAAGGGAGUCAGCAGCAGCAGGGAGAUCAGGGCGUGGUUAUGACGGACGUAGAUAAAAAUAAUUCGAGCUCCACCAUCCGACCGCCGCGUCGUUGA